AGCCCCAAAGCAAGCGACAUGUCACUGUGGGGAGCAGUGCCUCUGCACCCUCAAGUGAAGAGGACACAGGGGUCGGAGGUGGCCGCAGGGCAGGCAGAGGGACCUGUGGAGGGCGGUGGGCUGGUGGCCCGGGGGCAGCCAGGAAGGGAAGGCCAGGUGGUGACAAGACAACCCAGAGGCGUCUGGGGCUGCUAGAGCCGGGAAGAUUUCAGCCAUGCCUCACAGCUCCGACAGCAGCGACUCCAGCUUCAGCCGCUCUCCUCCCCCUGGCAAACAGCUUCUGGACGGGAGGAAGGAACUCAGUCAGGAGGUGGUUCUGGAGGCUCCUUGGAGACAUUCACUAGUAGCUCACCUCAGCCCUGGGAAAACCACAGAGAUCGAGGACUCCUCCGAUGAUGUGCGAAAAGUUCAGAGAAGGGAAAAAAAUCGCAUUGCUGCCCAGAAAAGCCGACAGCGGCAGACACAGAAAGCAGACACCCUGCACUUGGAGAGUGAAGACCUGGAGAAACAGAACGCAGCUCUGCGCAAGGAGAUCAAGCAGCUCACAGAGGAGAUGAAGUACUUCACGUCGGUGCUGAGCAGCCACGAGCCCCUGUGCUCAGUGCUGGCCGCCAGCACGCCCCCGCCCCCCGAGGUGGUGUACAGCGCUCACGCCUUCCACCAGCCUCACGUCAGCUCUCCGCGCUUCCAGCCCUGAGCCUCCCAGCAGACGGGGAGUCAGCGCCCCCGCAGCCCCAGCUUUCCUCCGGAGGGGCCUUAGAAGGGGCACACAGACUGUGGCCAGGAGGCCCUUGUCCCUCAGAGCCCUCUCUCCAUCUGGAGACCCAGAGGCGAAGGUUGGGCAAGGAUGGAACACAAGGACUAUAGUGGCUGGAGGUGUGAGGCCUUCCCAGCCAUGUGCAGCCCAUCCAGGGGUGCUGGACCCCGACAUGGGGGGGUGCCCAGCCCAGAGCAGGAGCAAGCAUGACACCCAAGACCCAUGGUACUGAGGGAGGAGGGCAGGGAAGGGUUAGUUUUCUAAAUAAACGUUUGAA